AAUACAGGCUGAACACUGACAAAGGGAAAUUCAUCUCAAACAUCCAGUAGUGCCCAAGGAAAUUAGGAACUACCCCGGUGUUCAUGGAAAAGAUAUCGGCCAUAACGACGCCAAACAGCUGAGUGGGAAAUGACAACAACAAACAUGGUUGGCGAAGUGGACCCGUCAUGCAAUCCCGUAGAUUUAAUGGCGCAGGAUGCCUGCAAUCCAAGUGGUAUGUAUGGCGUCGAGAGAGAGACAGAUGAUGCUGCUGGGAGCAUUCAGAAUUCAGAACCUAGCAGUCGGCCCACGAAUGACUCAGAUUUUUCUUCGUUUGACAUUGUCAAAGCAACACAGUACGGAGCUUUGGAGAGAUGUAAGGAAUUGAUUGAAGGUGGUUAUGAUAUAAAUAAACGAGAUAAUGAAAAUGUCACACUACUACACUGGGCAUCGAUCAACAACAGAAGAGAUAUUGUGAGAUACUACAUCUCUAAAGGAGCAAUAGUGGAUGCCAUAGGUGGAGAGCUUAUGUCUACCCCUUUGCACUGGGCAACAAGACAAGGCCACCUAGGUAUGGUUGUUCUACUUAUGAAGUAUGGGGCUGAUUCUUCAAUGCGUGAUGGUGAGGGCUGCUCCUGCAUACACUUGGCAGCACAGUUUGGUCAUACAGCUAUUGUUGCUUACCUGGUAGCAAAGGGUGCCAAUGUGAAUCUCAUGGACAAGAAUGGAAUGACACCUCUCAUGUGGAGUGCAUACAGAGUCACCAGCCUGGAUCCCACAAGACUGCUACUGACUUUUGGAGCUAGUACUUCUAUGGCAGACCGUUUACAUGGUAACACAGCAUUGCACUGGGCAGUUAUAGCAAAAAAUCACAUGGCAGUCAGUGUAUUAGUUAACCAUGGGGCCAAUGUUGAUAUUGCAAAUUCUCAGGGUGAAUCAGCAUACAGCCUGAUAAUGAAGAGAAAAACACAGUGGCUGGAUAAGAAAGUACUAGAUAAACUGCAAGAAAUGCAGAAAUCAUCUAGAAAUAUCUGCUAUCGAAUUUCCAGUGAUAAGAGUCUCCGGUACUGGACGAUGAUCAGCACACCAUUUAUUGUAUUUUACAUUGUUGGGCUUGUGUUACAACUGGACAUGCUCUAUCUUCUGAAGAUUGCCCUUUUCAUGACAGUGUAUCUUGUAGUCUAUGGCAUCUCGAGAAUUCUGUUCGAUGAACGCCUGAUGACUGUCAUGCCCAUGGCAGUGUACCUUGCAACAAAGUUCUGGUGUUAUGUAACAUGGAUAUUGUACAUUCAUCCAUAUUCAGGCCUUGAAUGCACAUCUCUGUUUCUUCUCUCAUCACUUAUUCUGUGGUAUAACUUCAUGAGAGCAUGGAGAGGAGAUCCAGGAGUCAUUACAGCUGAUCAGGCACAGAAGUACCAAACCAUAAUUGAAUUAGCAGAGAGAGAUGGCUUUGAUCCCCAAUGGUUUUGUUCAACUUGUCUGGUUCGACGUCCAAUACGUUCAAAACAUUGCUCUGUUUGUAACCGCUGUAUUGCAAAGUUUGACCAUCACUGCCCAUGGGUUGGAAACUGCAUAGGAGCAAACAAUUUGAAGUAUUUCAUUGGAUACCUGGUAAUGCUGUGUAUGAUGUGCUGCUUUGUCCUCCAAGGCUGCUUUUACUUCUGGAAUGGUGCUUGCAACGUUUACAUUUCCAAACAGGGGCUUUGGUCCAGUCUAGGGUCAAUAGCAACAUGUGAACCCUGGGUGGCAUGGGUUGGUGCCAAUGCCAUUUUGCAUGCUGCUUGGGUUGCAACACUCCUUGGAUGCCAGCUGUACCAGGUCCUGAUUUUGGGUAUGACAACUAAUGAAAGAAUGAACUGCUACCGAUACAAACAUUUCCAGGUUGGGAAGAAGGGUGAAGUGCGAUCACCUUUCCACCGUGGAAUCUGGAAGAACUUCCAAGAUUUACUUAACUGGCAAUGCUUUGGUCUCCUCAAACCAGACAAAACAGACUGGCUUCACAUAUAUACCCUCUCUGAAUCAGCUGAAGAUAAACAACCACUUCUUUCUCAGUCAGACAUGUAUCAAUAUGUUUAAUUUCUGACAGUCACACUGGAGAGUUACAAGUGAAAUUUGAACUGAUCUGACAUACUGUCAUUCUGCUUUUUAUAUCCAUCCAUUAUUACAUUUACUAUUUCAUAUCUAGGAAGAAGUUAAAUUACCAUACCCUUACUCAUUAUCUGUUAUAGGUGUGGUGCAUGAAUGGAUUUUUCUGUUUGUUAACUUUCAAAUACUUUAUAUUUGAAGUAUGAUAGAAGAAAAGUAGAUCUCUUUAGAUGUGUCAGACUUGAAUUAAUCUUCUGUAUGUAACUUCUAUUAUCUUCUUUGUACUUCUACCUACAAAACAAAGAUAGUAAUAUUGCUAUACAACUUUUUGUAUCUUAACUUUGAUUGAUAUAAAUAUAUAGUAAAUGUACUAAAUGUAACAUUCCAUAUAGAAUGACAGAUUCUCUGGCUCUCUAUAACUCCCUAUUUACAGAAAAGAAGAGCAGAUAUAGAAGGGUUUCAGCUGUUACCAAGAACAUAGUACCAAAGAUCAGAGUCAGAAAUCCAAGGUAUUUUAAGGUAUAGUCAACUAGUCACAAAUAUUCCAUUAUUUAUAUAACCCUUGGCCAGUUGUCUCUUUUUAUAUUUGUAAGAUGUUGUGAGGACACCAAAGAUGAGCUCCAGUGUAUUGCCUGCAGUGUGCAGCUUUCAUUCAUGGCUUGUUUGCUCAAUUUGCAUUUUUAUAAUUAUGUGAUUUUAUUUUAUUAUGUAAAGAAUAGAUUGACAUUAAAUGUGUGAACAAAAGCGACCAGUCAUGAUGGAUGAACUGAUUGAAGGUUGAGACUGCAAGCAUUUUCAGCAGUUGAAUUGAGACAUUGAUUAUUUGAGAUAGGAAGUUGGGAGUUUUGACUAUCAUUUUCUAUACUUUGUUCAUUUUAUGUGAGACAUUGAAACUAAUAUGUUGUUUUGUAAAAUAGAUGAUGUGCAGCUUAAUACUAAUGGCCGAAAUAAAGUAUGUUCGUAUAUAAUACAGUACAAUCAUAUCAUAUAUUUUGAGUGAUACACAAUCUGUCUGAUAUCCCAUUUUUUUAUAGUGUAGGUAAUGAGCAGUUAUUAGUCAUAACUCCAAACAAGGCAUCUUAUUUUGUAGGACAAUCAUUUGUAUAGAGUUCACUGUGUCUUUUUUAUGCCAUUCUUGGAAGUGGUUUCUUUUAUUGUUACUUUUAGAUAGCUGUUUAGACUAUACCAGGUCAAGAUAAUGCCUUUUUCCUUGUUUAUGGUAAUAUGAUACAGUAUUUUUAUAGACUGCAUUAUUUUACAUUUUCAUUUAUUUACAGCAUUUGAAAACCUUUUAUCUUAAAGGAAACAUGAGAAUGUCAGAAAGCCAAGGAGCUAAGUAAAUGUUCAGACUUUAGGGUAUCAUUUUCCAACUGGUAAUGGAUUCAUUUGAUAUUAGGAAAGAAUCCUCGUCAUUUUCAUAACAAGGUGACCGUUAAAUGUUGCAUAUUCAAUUGAAAUAAGAGACAAUAUUUUUCUCUUCCAUUUUCUUAUUUAUUUUCUAUUUUGCCUAUUGAAAUGGUAUUUUAGACUACUAAUGAGAAGUUCUAUGAGCCAAGUAUCAAAGGUUUAGUGUCCUUAUUGUAUACAGCUACUACUGUAGCUUUUGUGAGGUUUAUUUGGCUACGCAGACAUAUGGUUAAGUAUUAAAUGAUUAACAUCUUUAUGAAUUGCAACAAUAAAAAGAUGAAAAAUAUAUAUUCUGUAAAUAACUUGUAUUUUAGAAAUAUCAGUAGAACUGCAGUUUCCAAUGCUGGGACUUAUCAUGAGGUAAAAGGGAAGAAGUUAUAGCACAAAUUUUUUUUAUGUAACAAGGCAUUGAUAUUUAUGAAUGUAGUAAUUUUGUGACACAAAGAUAUACAAAUUUUGUGCAAAAGAUGUAUUACAGCCCAUCUUUAUAUUGUAGCAAAGGCAAAUUAUUAUAAGCUUCUUGCAUUUGGUUAUUGAAAACAUUUCCCAUAGUGAAUGAGAAAUUCACCAUUGAUUCAAACUGUGUUUUUUAGCAAGUGGGAUAAUGGUUGCAUCCAAUGUUUUUGUAUAAAUUAAGAUUUGAAAAAAAAAGAAGACAAUGAACAGAUCCAAAUUCCUAGUCAUGCAUUUUUAAUGAUAAUCUUAUUUUUCAGUGAGUACUUGCGGAUUGCCUCAAAAGCUUUACUGUCAUGGUUAUAAGUCAGAUGAAUUGUGUUUGUUUGAUAUUAUGAAAAUUGCAAAUUUUGUCAUGAAUUUUUGCAAUUUAACCCAUUGGCGAUGGGUAUAGAAAACUAAAAAAAACUCUACGCUCUGGCGAACCACGGCAACGCGCGACUUUGAGCGUGUGAAUUCGGUACAUCAAGCCGAAUCAUUGCCUCGAGGCGCUUUGGCGUGCCGCAGCGGCGGACAGCCAUAAGCCACAUUUCGAGCGUAUUGUUAUGACGCCUAUAGGCGUGACCCUUCGCCAUUGGGUUAAGGAAAAGUACUUUUAUUCCAGUUUGUUCAUUUAUAGUAAAUAUUUCAGAAAAAAUUAUUAAGUAGUGUUAACAGUAAGAAUAUUUAGAAAUUUUGGUUUUACCUGUGUUUGUUUUGCCAUAUUUCCCUGCAGCCUCAUCAUUGUAGAAAUAAUUAUACUUUUUAAAAAUAAGAUUUUUUCAGUUUGUUUCCAUAGUUAUAAUUUUAUUCCCACAUUUAUCAUGUAGCAAUUCCUUUUAAAGUGUUCAGUUUAUUUCCAUAGUUUAGGUCAACAAGUUUAAAGUAGAGACUGAAUUUCAAAGAACCCUUGCACAAGUUUAUGAUAAAACAAAUACUGAAGGGUGAGUUGAGGCUGUAGAACAUUCCAAAAACAUAAUUCCAUUGUUAUUCUAAAAGAAAUGAAUUGUCACAAUUACAGAUCUUUUGUGAAUACAAAUAUUCCCUUUUAGAAAUAUUUUUUCUUUUUCUUUAAGUAUUGAAGAGUAGUUUUAUUGUGCUGUCAGAAAUGGUUUCAUUGGUUGUGAUUUAGUUUCUGUUUUGUUAAGCAGAUAUGUAAUAGUCAUUCAUCAUCAUAAUAGUGUUUGAACAAAUGUGAUUGAUCAGUCUUAUGUCAUGCACUUCCUUGUUCAUAAUAGCAGGGACGGCAAGGAUGGUGCCUUUUUUCAAAGGACUUAUAUAGGCAGGUAGACUUUGAACCAGUGUCUAGAAACAUGUAGGUUACACAGUUUCAACACCAUCUGUUGAUUAAGAUUGCUUUAAAUCUUUAUCUUUGAUGAGUUUGGGUAUAUUCAAUAACUCAAAUGCAUUUCAUAAGGUGAAAUUUGUCUGUGAUGCACUAUGUUCCUUCAGAGAUAUAAUGGCAAAUUACUAUGACUUGGUGUAAUAUUUUUAUAGGAGGCAUUUGGCAACAAUGACUAAUGAAACUAAUCAGUACAGAGGGACAUGCAGGGAUUAGUAGACCAGUAUAGAAAAGGGCUCCUAUAUUAUUGGAUUUACUUCUGUAUCUUUAUCUUGUCUGAAGAAAAAAUAGGUUAAUGUUACAGACCUUCAUGUUUUGUUGUUCAGGCUAUGUACAACUGUGUAAUGGUAUUCAACUGUAAUUGUUCCUUAUGUUUUGCUCUUUUCAUAAAAUGCUUUCAUUGUAAUUAGUUGCUAAACAUAUUUGCAUGCAUGAAAGCUGACACACACAGGCUAGAGGAAACUUAAGGUAAUGCAACACAGGAAUUGCCAGUACCCAUACAUAUAUACUUACUACAUGCACAUGUGCUAUCCCUUUCUUCCUUUCUCCCUCUUCCUCUCUCUCCCUUAUACAAAUACACACAUAUUUAGAAAGAAGGAGAAACCAUUAUUAGUAGUACAGUAAUGCAGUUGCACAUGUGGAGUGUUCUGUAACUGUUUGUAUUUUCAAUGCCUAUACAAUAAAAUUGUGAGAUACUUCAACCUUUUUGUAUAGAAUUUGUUUGCAUUUUGUGUCUAAGCAGCACAACACAACUUGGACACUACAUUGAAUGAAUUAUGUGACUUUUGUCACACAUGUUAACAAAAGGUAAAUAUUUUAUAAUGCAGUUAGUAUUUUUAUAGGGGAUUAUGCAUGAUAGAGGAACAAUUAAUUUUUACAACUUAAGAAUGUGUGAAAUAUGUAAUAAUACUCUUGUUCAUGUUUAAAUGAUAUCUUAAUGUAAGUAUUCUGCACUUUUCAAGAUAAUGAUGGUCUGAUUUUUAAUAAUAGAAUACAAUGCCCUUCUAAAUGUAGUGUUAUGACCUACCUUGCUGUGCUUUGACUUCAAAGUUAAACCAAAAUGGUUACAAACAAUAACUUCCAUGUUCUGUAUUGCUUAUGUGUAUGUCAGCUGGUGAUUGUUUGCACAACAAUAUUAUCCAUAUAAAUGUAAAUAGUUAUGUAACUCCUCAUAAACUGCAGGUGUUUAAGAUUUUGUACAUAGUCAUUAUUUAUUGCCAAUGCUUCACCUUCUCAUAUCAGUCAUUCAUUUUUAUCAGUACUUUGAUUGACUGUUCAAGUAAUGAACAGCGGAAGCACUGGAUCACACUAUGCAAUGUUUAAGUAUGUUGAUGUGGUAAGAUUAGAUACAGUAAGCUUAAGAUAAUAGUUAUGCAAGGCGUAUAUGGCUUUAUGUACAGGCAAUUUACUCAUACACAGAACCUCCCUUAGCGUAAUGGAGAUAUUAGAAAUAAUAUUAGUAUGAAUAUUGAUCUGUAAAAAUCUAUAAUUAGUUAACAUUUACAGUAUAUGAUUUCAAAACCCCUAUUAUAUCCCAUAGAGGUAGCGUUAAGAUAAAGAGUAAAAAUCUUAACAUGGAAUUGAUAAUACCGAAAAGAUCUGGUCUGUAAGAUUAGUGACUUUCAUGAUUUUCAUUUUGUAAGUGCCUUGACAUGUAUCAGUCUGGUAUGUCCAGAAGAUUCAUAAGUAAUGGAGCAAUUAAAAAUCAAUGCCUUCAUGAUUAUUUAUCAAGUGCUUACGGAUUAUGAUCUUGUCAUAGUUGAUGGUCUUUGUCCCCCCAAACUUUAUAUUAGCCAUCGUAUCCUACCUCCACUCCCUCUGCUUUAAGGAAGUGAUCAGUUGCACAAAUGCUUAUAUUUUAUUUGCAGUUUUCACUCUGAAAUCAAUGUCAUAUUUUUCCUCAUGUACAUAGCUAUCAGUCAUUCAUCUUGUAUUGGAACUUUAGGAUAGUCAGUAAACUCACAUUAUGAA